UCACCGUGCCAUACGUGUUCCAUGUUUGUUCUGAAUAUCGGUGACCGCCUUUUAAUUUUGUUUUUACCCUUAGGUAGCAUUCUUAGGUGUUUCUUUUUAACGGGAUGGGAAGAAACACACAGGAAGAAUAUGUAAUGUGCAGCAGAUAGAUCGAUGUUUACAGUUUUGUUAAACAGUUUUUUUGUGUAAAAUUUAUGCAAGCGUCAUUAACCACUAUGCCAUCCUUCACAAAUUGCAUACGUAUUGCUGUGUUCCGUGCUGGUCCUGAAUAUCGGUGACUGCUUACCUAUAACCAGAGGGUUUCUGUUAUUAUUGGUCUGGCAAGGAUCGGAGAUGCCAUGAUAUGUUCAGCGUUUAAAUCUUUAACGUAUAUCCAUGUUUUGGGACGCUUUGUGGAGUGUAAUAGCGAAGCGGUUUUAUGGUUCUGUGUUUAACUGCAAUUGUUUUAUCUGGGUAAGCUAAUGUGAACUGUGUAAUUUACGGACAGCCCAACUCUUGAAUGUCCUAGGAUUUGCAAAGUUUUGGCUACGUGUAAGUCAGCAUGUGUGACGAUCCCUCCUUUUUACCAUGGAGUCGUAGAAGGAACAGUAAGGGGCAGCCAAAAAAAGAAGUUGCUCCUGAUCUGGAAUGUGCCAGUCCAGAACUUUCUCAAGGAUACAGGAUACUGCAGGAUGUAAUUGGAAUCAGCAAGUUCUUCCUUGAACAACCAAAUCGCCGAGAGAAAGGAAUGCGUGAUUACUAUGAUGUUAUUUCCAGUCCUAUUUCGUUCAGAGAAAUGCAGCAGAAGUUUGCCAGAGGAGAGUACAGUAAGAUUUCUGAAUUUGUGAAGGAUGUAAGGUGUUUGCUGUUAAAUUGCUACACCUACUUUGGCCCACGUCACGUUCACACCAAGAGGGCUUUAAAAGUUGAACAUGUUCUGGAGAAGGAACUUUCCAAACUUCCUAUGGAUCUUCGCAGUCAGUGUUCAUUGGAAUCUACGCAUGGUAUUAAGGAUGCAGAGGAGAUGAAAGAUGCAGGAGACGUACAGUCCCAGCUGCUCCAGUCUGUUAUAGGAGAGAGGUCGCGUCGUGAACGUGAAAGAAAACUGAGACUGUCAGAGGAACGUCGUAAAGAAAAAGAAGGAAGGGAGCGUGACUUGUUGUUAUGGGAACAAGAAAAAUUGUUUACUGAUUUAAACCGUAGAAAUAUGGAAUGCAUGUGGGAGCUGCCUGUUAUAGGUCAUUUUGUUGCACUGUUAUUAGAACAACUGAAUAUCAGCAACAUCUCGAUGUUUGAGUUGGAACGUAUCAUUCUCAUGCCUCAAGCGUCAAAGAGUCUUGCUGCCCUGAUGACCACUCUCCUGAGCACUCCACAAUUUAGGAUGAAGCUCCACACAAAACCACCCAUGCCAUACAAGAUUUGGACCAGGAAGCUAGAAUUUAAAGUUUCAAGCUGGUACAAGAUCUAUGUCAAAUCAGACAAAAACCCAGACAUUGUGUUUGAGAAGCUCGGAAUUGAACAUCAGUUCUGGAAGAUUAUGGGUGACUGGAAUCCAUUGAAGGAAUAUGAGUUCCAUGAACUUACUUUCCAUCAAAGAGUCUUACUCAUCAAGGCACUUUGUGAUUACAUUAUGCAAAACCACAAAAACCUGAGAGAGACAAUUGCAGAGAAACGCGAUGAUUUUGGAAUCUGUCUGGGUGAGGAUCGUUCAAGAGCAAAGUUUCUCUACUUUCCACAAUUCUUGGACCACGAUGUCAGAAUCUAUAGGCAGGCUUCUAAGCCAAAGAGUUGGAUUGACAGAGAUAUGGACCAUCAAGCACAGCUUUUGGCAGAGAAUGUGAAGAAUGUUCCUGCAAAAUGCGAAAAGUCUGAUGUCACGUCCAUGAGCAAGAGGUACAGGAAAAAGUCAGCGUGGCAACGAGGUAAAAUAGUUAAGCACCAGAAAUGUCUUCAUCCUAAGGGUACUAAAGGGUUACCGAAAACUUCGUGCAAAUCCCCAAGAUCAGAAUCAAACCAUGCAACUGAAAGCUCGGUCCCUGAUUCGGCAGCGGGUGCGAAUGAAAACUGCGUGGACAAACGCGAUUCAAGACUCUUAUGUAAUGUGAACCCAGGCCCACAUGACGAAGACGUGUGUGAAGAGAAACAAAAUGAACAUUCCAGUCAUACUGAUAAAAAUUUAGAAACUGGUGAGUUAGAGACUUCCGCGGUUCUAAACGUAGAUUCAGGGUCAAAAGUCUCAAAUUGUAAAAGAGAAAACGUGGACAUGGAAUUAAGUUCAAAUCUGACUACUCUAUCGGUGGACUUCUGUGCUUCUAUUAGUGAAUCUCAGUUUGAAAAGUGUUCAGAUGAUCUUGAAUUUACGUUAUGUUGUCAUCUGCGGCCCAAGCAGCAGUGUACUGACUGUGACAUGACGAUAGAACCGUCGCUUGAUGUUAGUGAUAAAAAUGAUUUCACCGCGAAAGACGAUGAGGGCGAUAAUGUAGAAAAGGUUUCUUUGAACCAAACAAAAGGAGUGGAUCAGGACAUCAAAAAUUGUGUUCUAGAAACACAAAAGACAAGAAGACCUCUGUAUAACCCAUACUGGCUGGAACCCAAUCCAGACGACUUUAAACUGGUAGCUGACUCGCUGGAAGGCGUGAGGCAGCUCUUGACAAAGUAUUGCGAUGAUGAUGUGGUGUUGAUCAAGCGAUUUGAUGAAAAGUCUCAAAAGGGAUGUCGUCCAUCAUGUGAGGUGAGACUGGCUCGUCGGUUGGCGUCUAUUAUGAGUGACUUGCAUUCUUUGGAACUGAAAAUUGUCACAAAUACCAAACAGACUCGUGAAAAAUUAUACAAGGAAUGGCAGGACUUUGAAAAUAGAUCUGCUGAAUAUGCUGAUCCAGAUGAGGCAUUCUGGCUAAAUGAAAAGGAUCCUCCAGAGAUUCCCGAAACACAGGCUUACCAGAAUUCAGAGAUAUUAGAUGCGGCAAAUUUACCUCAGACCCCAGCGACAGAUCCUGGUGAUGCAUCUGAAGAUCCACAACAGACAUCUUCAAACGGCAUGAAGCUGCGCAAUCGCCGUCUAGAAGAUUCUACAUCUAGGGAUAAAUUUCCUCAACUGGUUGCAUCGGAAGAAUCCUCUGAGGAUGAUUCAGACGAAAGUGACAACUGGGUUAUGCCUAAAACGUCUACCAAGAGGAAGAUAAAUAACCCGGCAGCAAGAAGCAAGAAGAAACAUACUUCGGAAGAGCAGAUGCCUCAGCAGCCUCCGCUCAAGUGUGAUGAAUCAUCAUCACACAUGGCUGCAAACUCUUCGCCAGAGAUUGAGGUUUUAGGUGGUCAAAAAGUAACAGGAAGAAAAUAUUCUACAUUGCCAGCUGCAACGCUUCGCAUAAAGAAGCGUCUCUUUUCCCAAGAUGAAGCUUCACACAGUGAAGCUAACCGCCAGCUGGAAUGGGAGAAGAAUCGACAGACACUUGUGAACUCGGCUGCCAACAAAGUGGCAGAACUUCAGCAGCCAAUUACAUAUAUCGUUGAAAAUAAGAACAAGAUAAUUCUUGAUGCAAGAGGAAAAAUGACUGUUGUGCCUAUAGACAACAAGGCUAAGACUAUGGAGACGACAUCACAAAAUCCAACUUCGACUGUGGUGUUACAGGGCUCAGUUCGGGUUUCCACAGCAACAUCGGUCCAGCAAUCGCCAUCCAGUGGUUUACACCAAAGAAGGAUAAAUAAAAUUUCAGGAAAUCGUCGUGUUUUUGAACCUGUAAGACGUGUGAUAUCUGAUGUUAUUUUUGUCAGUGACGACAGUGAAAAUAGUGAUGUGGAGUUCAUCGAGACUGUCUACAAUCCGAAGCUUGACGAAACGCUUAGAAAGAAAGUGGCUGACCUCAGACAUGAGCGUCGUAAACUAAAGACACAAAACAGAUGUUCCACAAAAGAUAACACUGUUUCCGAUGCGCAAGCGGACACAUCCAGAGUGAAACCAGUUACUUCGACUUGUAAUAGUGUCACAGCCCUUCCAAAUCAAUUCCAAACUGGGAUUUCAACCCCCCAAACUUCCGCCGCACGCCCUGUCCCAAACGCAACUACGCCCCAGAAUAAGGUUGGACGACAACACGCAGCGACGCGCGUGCAACUAGAAAUGCAUAGCGUUUCGCAAAAUGCAGACAGUAGGAAUGAAACAUUGCAGAAACAGGUAAUAGUGCAACCAGGUGGUAACGCCGGGAGUAUUUUACGAACCGACGAGUCACAGACAAGGUCAACUCGGCAUAUUCAACGCCCAAAUCCAAGACGACCUGCCGCUGACACAAAUUCAUCACCCCACUCUCCUUCCAGUACAAAGAGCGAUAAAAAUAUCUAUUUAGAUGAUUCAGGGGUUGCUCUUGGUACGAUCACACACGCACAGAAAUUUAAUUCCAUUAGUAAUGCAAAAGAUGAUGUAGGGAUUAGAUCAGAAAGCCAGUUUCUUCCCUCUGGUGUACCUCUGAGCCCGUCUCUUUCCCAUAAACAUCUCGUUACAGAAACAAAUCCUGGUGCUUCCGUAACCCGUGCUGCUUUACCCGCAGAUUCAUUUACUCAUUCCAUUAGACCUGAUAUUUCAGUAACCAAAAGAGUAAGUCCUGUCUGCAAAUCUAAUUCUUUGUCCCAAAUUCCAGGUUCUCCAUUAACCCCAAAAAGAUAUCCCGGAGCCCCAGUGUACCAAACAACAAAUCCUCAUUCUCCAGUAGCCCAGACGAGCGGUCCUGGAACUCCUGUAGCUCAGAGAAGGAUUCCAGGCACUCCAGCGUAUGCAAGGAGUCCUGAUACUCCUACAGGCACUCCAGUAAUCCAGAGAAAGAGUCCUGCCACUCCAGCAGCACAGGCAAAUAGUCCUGUAUCCCCAGUUGCUCAGACAAGGAUUCCUAGCUCUCCGAGAGUGUACACGAGGAGUCCUGGCACUACAGUAAGUAAGGUAAAGAGUCGUGGCAGUCCGGUAGCUCAGAUGAGUCCUGGUAGCGUUCAUUUUACGCAGACAAAGAGUCCAGACACUUCGUUGGUCCAGCCACGAAGCUCUGGUGCUAAUCUGUCGCAAAGUAGAGGAAAUCAGAGCAGUGGACCAGAAAGAGCUCCCAGUGACACACAGCAGCAAUUGAAUCGCGCGCCCGCUAGGCUCGUGGUUGUGCCUGGUGACGAGAAUGUGAGUAAAUACGCGUUAGUCUUGCGAGGUGGAGCGAAAGUGAUCUUGACGCCCGAACAAGUGGCCGACAUCCGCGCUGCCAACGGUGGGCUAUUGCCGACAAACGUGGGGUUAUAAAUUAAGUUUUGAGUGAAGUCGCGCAUAACUUGUAAAUCCUUCAGGCCCGAACAAGUCAGAAGAUACAUGGAAUGAUGAACGCUACGCGUGUUUCGGUUAGUUAGAACUCGCAUCAUUAAAAUUUAACAAUACGAAGAUAUUCGUACGAGUAAAUAUUUUGUCGUCGUUUUAUGAGGAAUAGCGUAACUGAGUCGGUGAACUCGACUUUAAAGUGAUGGGUGUAAGUCCCCUGCAUAGCCUCGUGGUGAAAUUGAAUGCUGUAAACAAUAUAAAAUUUUUGAAAUAAACUAGUCUAUUCAUUGCAAUUUUUUAAUGUAUAGUUUUCAAGUAAAAUGUUGACUAUUUGGGGAUUAGUCAAUUUACCCCUUACCGGGGUUUCGAAAUAAUCGGGCUGAAGGAAUAUUUUACGUACUGUUUCCCCUUCGUUCCCUUUGGAAUACUGGAAAAUAGUUUACGUACAAUAGCAGAAACUUUUAAACCUUUAAUUUUGGUUGGAAAGAAUUAUAAACAUUUCAACAGGCUUUUCUUUUCCCCCAAAAAAAUUCAGAAGGAUUUUCAUUUGAAGUUGUAACAGAGUUUUUAUAAUUUUGCAAGUUCGAUGUUUCGAGUGUGAUUUUCUUUCUGGUGGUGAUGUUUCACGAUUUUAAGUGAUUGUAAGAUUGAAAAGAAAAGGGAUUUUGUGAAUAUAUAACAUUGACUGUAUGA